AUGGAAAAUUCUGAUCCACCAGUAUUGGUUUCUGCUUCUUAUGAUCAGACCAUUAAAAUUUGGAAUGUGAGCAGAAAAAAGGCAUUGGCUACUAUACAGCAUAAUGAGGGACAGGUGAAUUGUCUGAGUUUGACUUCAAAUGGAAGAGACCUUGCCCUCGGAGCUUAUCAGAGAAUACGAAUAUACGAUGUUCACGUUUCUAAGGAUCCGAAAGCGACAAUCGAUUUGCACAAGAAUGUAACUGUAAUCGGAUUUGAAUUGACAGGAAGAUGGAUGUAUACGGGCGGUGAAGAUGGAGUUUGUCGAAUUUGGGAAAUGCGAAGUAAUCAGUUGGUAGCGAAUCGAACCAUAUGGUUCGCACCGGCUCAGGUCACAGCAAUGACGACAAAUGUGACGCAGACAGAGAUGUUCGUUGCAACGAAUGCGGGACAAGUGUGCAUAUGGGAUAUAAUCAAUAAUUGCUAUCAGAAAUUCCCGAUGCCUGACAAUUUAGGAUUAUUAGAAUGUGUGCAGAAAUUAUCUGUACAUCCAACGGGAAAACGACUAGCCGGAAUUACUAAUAGAGGGCGUUUAUUAACAUGGGAUAUUUUGACUAGAAAACUUGACGAAGUCCCACCAAUGCUUGAUUAUAAGACACCGACGAUGGCCACGGAAAGUCCGACUUCUACAUAUGGAAUAUUGAGAGAAAAGGACCCAAUAUGUAAACUGCCAAAGGGAUACGGACUGUCAUGUCGAUAUUCCCCUGACGGUAAAUAUUUGGUAGCUUGCGGUACGGACUCGGUAAUUCAUGUGUUGAAUGCGGAUUCGAUGAAGCAUGCGGCGACGCUGAAUGCUGAAUGCGACUGGAACUGGGAUGCAAUAUUCACGGCGGAUGGAAGGCAUAUUUUAACUGGUGGAUCAGACGGACGAAUUAAGGUGUGGGACACAACAACAGCUUCGAAAGUACUUCAACUCGAGGGGCAUUCGAAGCCGAUCACGGCGAUUGUCAAUUCGACCGCUGCUACUGAAAUGUUCGCCCGAAAGGGCAAAUCGUCUGACAUUCAGGCGAGCAUUGCCAGAUUCACCGAUUUGAACAGAGAUUGUGUCAGUCGAGUGAAACACUUGAAAAUCCUUUUAGACACGUUGACAACAAAUGAAAAACGACAACUUCUUGAUGAGCACAGUUUCGAAACUUUUCAUCUUGUCGAUGAACUUUUACUAGUCAACGAUGUUAGCACACAGAUCGACAGCGCUAUUGAGGCAGAAAGUGGUCUUUGGACUCUUGAACAGGUCCUAUGUCUGGCGCCGGAGCUUGUUGGAAGUGGCUGGCAGAGGCACGCGAUCGAGUCGUUACUGAAAAAAGCCGUGUUCCCAAGAAAUCUGAUGGCGGUUCGAAAAAUAGCGAUACGAUUAUUUUUGGUGUUUUAUCAAUGUCUCGGAGUCCACGGAAAAGCGACACCUGAUCUUGAUCACGUUUUUCAAUCGCUGCUUCCUUUUUUUCCGUUGAGAAGCGGCGAAAACACCGAAGACGUGUUAAAUGAAUACUGUCAAUCAUCUGGCACCGGGGACUGGUGUGAGAGGCUUCGAAAGGGUCCCAUUCGCUCAUCAGCGCCUUCGACGUUAUCAUCAAAAGAACGGGCACAAAUGCUUCAAGUCUACCUGGACAAAUUCCUUGAGUACUGUACUCGAGAAACUGCGAGAAUUGAGUGGAACGAUGAAGGAAAACGACUCGAAUGUGCUAAUUUCAUAAUCGAAAAAGUGAUCAAAUUGUACAUGGGUGAAUGUUUCGAUGAGCUUGAGGCGAAUGGUGUUGAUAUAUUUGGCGGAUGGGAAGGUGCUGAAUCCAGUGGUGAACCAUUGGACACGGCAGAUCCUGUGGUAAUCGCCCGAUAUUGGCUGAUUCGCUGGAUUAAUAAUAUUGCGUCGGCGACACAGUCGACACCAAACUCAGCACAAGCGGCCCAUUCAUCACUCUUACUCUAUAGACAAGCGCUAUUCAAUUCAAAAAAGGCGACAAAUGUGACCUUAACAUUGAUGCGAGAAGCCAUGACACUACCAUUAGCUUGCAGUAAUGUAACCCAUAAGGUAGUCAAUUUGCUGUCAACUUGGCUUCUACAAUACGAAAUUCCUCCAUUCGUGGCUUCUGGAGAGGUCUCUAUUGAACGGUUCUCGUUGUUAUGUGCAAAUAUUCUUCUGAGCUUCUUCCACUCACCUUAUUUGGCGCAAUCUGGAGAACGGCUUCAAUCCGCUGUGUCGAUUGCAUACGCUAUUUUGACUUCUUGUAAACAAUUAGUAUCGCAACGAAUUCAACUUCCAAAGCCGUUGCCGCAGAAGUUCUGGGCUGAGCUGAUGUCCGGGUUGUGCCGAUGCGCGACGAAGAUCUGUUCUCAAAACGACGCAUUCUCACAGCAAGUUGCAUCAGCAUUUACCUCUACACUCAUAUCAAACGUUGUUAUCAUUAAAGCGGUUCGACGGAUUGAAAUUGAGGACGAAGUUUGGGAUGAUGUGUACAAUGUGAUGAACAAGGGUGCCUGGAUAUCGAUGUCCGAGCAAUGGUCGACGAUAGUAAAUAGUGUGACAAGGGCGCUGAUUCUGCAUCUAGCACAUGUCGAUAUAUUCUCAAGGGAAGAGGCGAUGCGGAAAGUGACUGAUGUUUCACAAGCAUCGUCUCGUCGACAGGCAAUCGAGUCUGCUAUGGAAGAACCCCGGAAAGAAUCAUCGGAAGGUGGUGAAAGUAUGGGAUCUGCGGUUGAGGAUAAUGUGUUUCAUGACACCGAUGAUAUUACUAACGCGGUUACUUCUUGGUCCGGAGACAAGCUUGCCUGGCUGCAGACCUGGCGUAGGGUUAUCUCUCUGGUUGAUCCCUAUUCAAAACCAAGUGCCCAAGUAGCGAUUGAAUGCACGUCAGUAACUAUUCGUCAACUACUCAAUGUCAACCUUCAUCCUCUUGCUCACUGGCUGGCCUGCCGCCUUGUCACAGUACCUCCUGAACUACUUCCUAAAUGCGUUCCGGCAUUAUCAGCCAUUUUGAGUGAUUUUGCGAUUCGAAGGCCGCCCCCUCUGCUUUCAGCAAAUAUUCUACUGUGUUUUAUUCGAUUAAUGCAGUCUAAAGAUACUUCCGUGAUACCAGCUAUUUGCGGGUUGUCAGCUCAAGAGCUCUCGAUUGUAGCACCUCGAGCUCUUGAGCAUAUUCCGAAAAUUCUUCAAGCCGCUAGAAGCUCAAAGGAUCAGAAAAUGGUGACUAGUUCUCUGAAAUUGUUCGCAAUGUUGGCUUCUUCCUAUCCUGGAGCUGAACAACUUUUAUUGGACCAGCUCGCAAGCGCCGACAUCUCAGAAAACGCCAUAAUAAUCGUAAACACUUUGGCUAUUCUCAUCGUUCAACGAGCGCAAAUUGAUCUGGUGCUCACUGUAUUGAAGGCGAUUGAGACUCACCAAUUCGCUAUGAAACUCAUCCCGUUGUUCUGCUCUUCAAUCGCAAGCCUUGCUCAGUUCAGCAGUACUACACUGUUGCAGGCACUGUUACGAGCUGCUUCUCUUUUGCGAGACGAACGAGCUCGAACUGAGGUUGAAUGGCAGAUGGUGCGACUUUGCGUUCAAUGGCCUCAACCACAAGUUCCUCUGGUUGUUCGUGGUAUUCUUGCUGACCGACAACUUGUUCUUCAAGGAGAGCUAAUUACACUUGGAGGACAGUUUCCGUUAAAAGGUUUCGAAGUAGCACGAUGGAAUUCGACCGAAGCGAGCUCGAAAGCUGUCUCACUUGAUCCGAAUAGUGAGAAGAACGUCUACGUGAAUCGCAAUUCGUCAAUAAUCAGCAUUUCGAAGAAAGCGAAUGAAGUAGUUUGUCGAACAGUCGUUGGCAGACAUGUGUGGGAGUUGGACUUAUUGAAUGAAGAACGGAAGCCGGCGAAGAAUGUGACGAGUUGGCUUCGGAAGGAAGCGAACAAGGGACGAAGAGCUGGUCGUGAAAAUCAAGGAAUCUUGGGAGCAAUGGAUGAUCCGUUCGACGAAUUACCAGAUUCUUCUGGUGCAUCGUCGUUCGGUGAGCAUCCUAGUCCACUAGAAGGAUCAGGACAGUUUUUGACGAUGAUUGAAACUUGCCGGAGACAACCGCAACCAUUGGGAAAAAAUAGCAGUGGAAUCGAGACGCCCGCUUUCCGUCCGAGCAGCAAAUUACUGGAAUGGAGGUCACUCGCUGCUUCCUUGGGAUUCGUGCCUUCGGUAUCUUCAGUACAUCAGAAUUUCUUGCGCGACCUAAAACACCUUGACUCGACAUCGUCGAGAGAAGUUCACAAAAUCGCUGUGAUUUACGUUGGAGAAGGCCAGGAUGAUCGCUCGAGCAUUCUAUCGAAUCAAAAUGCUUCAGAAGCGUUUGAUGAGUUUGUCAGCGAGCUUGGAUGGGAGGUGAAGAUUGGACGAGGUCACGAAGGAUAUCAUGGAGGGCUACCAGUGGAUACAAGGGCGCCGUAUUACGCUGAUGCAGAAAGCGAGGUGAUCUUCCACGUGAAUACAAUGCUGAAUGGAGAUGUACACUCAAAGUGGAAACAUAUUGGAAAUGAUGAGGUUCACGUUGUUUGGACCGAAAACCGGAGGAAAGCUUAUACUCGGGAAACGAUUGCCACAAAGUUCUGUGAUGUUUUGAUUGUUCUGGAACAAGUCGGCGACAAGAUGGUACGGGUCCGUGUCGACACCGCUUCAGCCUUGGAGUUUGGCCCAUUGUUUGACGGAGCCUUUAUUUCUUUGUCCGAGCUUGCUAACCUUGUCCGACUAACAGUCAUCAAUGCGUCAAGAUCGAUGAAUAUUCUUCAUCACAAAUCAUGGCAUGUUCGCACAAAAGCGAACAUGGAAAGAGUCCGGAGGGACGAGCGAAAAGCUGCUGAAGAGGAGCAAAGGCGAUUGGAUCGUCAGAUUCAGGCAGAAAAUGAGAGAAGGAUGAAUUUAUUAAGAGCACGAGCUGAUGAGAAGCUGGAUAAAAUGUUCGGAGUUCCUGGGACAUCGACGAAUACGCAGAUUUCCGAUUCAACGGGUCACGUGAAUUUGUUUCAGGAUCUUGAACGAGAGGAGAGAAAGAACUUGGGAACUGGAAAUAAGGAAUAUGAAGAAGAAAAAGCAAAAGAGAAGCGAGAAUGGGAAUCGAAAAUGGGCAUUCAGGUGUAUUUUGCUGAUAAUACAAAUGAGCUCGAGAAAAAGAAAGAAUGGUAUGAAUCCUUGCCGAUGAGGAGAGCACCGGAUAAAACGGAAAAACCAAAGGUGAAGGAAGACUUUUUGAUGGCAAGAGCUCGGCUAGAAGAAGAAAACGCAAAAAAAGGAAAGAAGAGGAAACGAAGCAGAGGUGAAUCCGAAGAACGCGAACACAAAAGGAAGAAAAAGAAGAAAAGCAAAAAGAAGAAAAGAAAGCGAGAUAGUUCCGAAGAACGCGAAAUUGAAGAAUUGUACAAAUCUGAGAAGAGAAGGAAAUUAGAAGAACUCAGGGAUGCGCGACUGAAACGGGAAAGAAUGGAAGCCGCGAGAACUCAUGCUUUACUCCAUCCACCAAAGAAGGAGGAAGAAAAUAAGAAGAGACCGAAUCGAAUGGCUAUCAAGUAUCCCAGGAAAAUUUGGAUCGUUCGUCAUGCUGAAAGGGAAGACAAUAUCAAUCGAGGAUGGCGGAACCUUCCGGAAGCCAAAGGACUAACAAGAGACAAUUCGAUUCUCAGCGCUCGUGGACGAAAACAAGCCGCCGAGUGUCAAGUGCGAUUCAAAAAUCAGAAAAUCGAUCACGUUUUUUCGUCACCUUUUGAUCGGACGAUUGAAACCGCGUCAAUUAUUGUUGGUGACAAGGGAUUGAAAGUUAAAGCUGAAGGCGGAUUAUGCGAAGCCCUCUAUCUUUGCGAAUCGCCACCAGGAUUUUGGGAAACUGACAAACUCGCCGAUAAAUUUCCAUUAGUCGAUAGGGAUUAUAUUCCAGUUUAUUCGAAGUACACAUUGCCAAAAGAAGGCGAUGGCGACGAUGCUUGCGUGGAUCGAGUUCGAACCACCCUGAAAAGAAUCUUCGAAAAAUACGAAGGAAAUUUGCUUCUGGUCGGACAUGGUGCAUCCAUCGGCGCGUGCCACGAAGUGCUUCACGGAGACUUCAAAUAUGUCGGGCAGGCGACUGUCACUGAAUUUGAAGAGACAGCACCCGGAAAAUAUAAAAUGAAUUAUAGCUCCGAUGCAUCCCACUUAUCCGACAAAAGCAAUUUGAGGCCAUGGAAGGCUAAUGAGGAUGAUACGGCGGUUUGCUGUCCUACAUGUCGAGUAUUUAACACCAGCAACAUAAUUUAUAAUAUUCAAAAAGACCAUAAUGUUGAUGAUUUCGCGAUUUGCUCAAAUUGUGCUAUCAUCUCUCACUUGAAGAAAAAACACACGGUUGUCGAUUUCUUCCCAAUUCGCAUUGAAUGGAGCUUCUCUCAGGACAUCUUCUGUGCGAAUGAACUUAAGAAACAGUUAGACGAGAAAUUAGCGAAACUUCAAAAUGACAUGGGAUCUACUAUGAGUUUGUCAUCGAUUAAUAUAUCGCUUCACGACAAAAUUCUUAACUUCAUGAGAAGAAGCAAAAAUGGAGUUAUUUACCGAAAACUUUGGUUCAAGUUUCUUGAGGAAAUGAAAAAACUUGAAACGUUUUUGUCAAAAUUUGAAGAAAUGGUGAAAAAUACUAACCAAGAAUAUGAGAAAACAUUGGAUGAGUUGAAAAAUGAGGUUGAUAUUAUUGAAUUCGAGGAUUGUGAUGUUUCCGAGCCUGUUAUCGCCAAUUGCGUCUUGUCCCCGAUCUAUAACGAAUCCGAAAAAGCCGCUGAAAAUGACCUCUGGAUGGAGUACCAAGAUGCUCAAUAUGUAAAUUACCUUGCCUAA